AUGCGACCAGUCUUAUUGCUAUCUUUGGCCAUUCUGGCCGUAGUCGUUGUGUCCUCAUGGUCGGCUACUACUACUGCUUCUGACUCAACAGCAACAACAACAACAACUACUACCACCACAACGACAACAACCACUACCACCACCGAUGCAACAACCACCACGACAACAGAAGCCACCACCGAGAAGAAGCAUCAUCAUCGUCGUCGCCGUCACCGUCGUCGUCGUCGUGUGGUUAUCAUCCGCGAAGGCAAUGGUGAAAGAGGAAAUCGUCGCAGAAGAUACAGAAGACGCGAGGAUGAGGAUAAUGAUAAUUCCGGAACUGUGGUUAGGCGCGUUCGUGUACGUGAGCGUGGUUACCGCCUAAACCGUAGAAGGGAGGGAAGAUUCUCUCGCUUCUAA